AUUAGACAAAGACGACAACAAAAGCAAACAAGUACAGCAAUAGUAAAUAUGAAAUGAGGGACUAACGCAUAACAAAAAUAUUUUUAGUUUAUAAAUUAAAGAAUUCAACCGUUUUAUGUGAAAAACGUUCAGGGUUCAAGAAAAAGUAUGUCUGAAGGAGAUGCCUUCAAAUUUCUUGACAAGACUUCUACUACUUUUCAACGGGAUCUUAUUAAAGCCCUACUGAAAUCAAAAUUUAGUAAUCCAAAAACUAAAAUAUCGGAAGAUGUUAUCGAUAUUAUUACUGAACUGGCCAAAGUAAUGGCACUUGAAGCUGCUGGAAGAUCGGCCCAUAUAGCACUGAUGGAAAAGAAAAAAAUAGUUGCACUUGAACAUGUUGAAUUAAUAUUACCCCAAUUGAUGUUGGAUUUCUCAUAGUUAUAUGCCGCACUUGUUUCUGUAAACUUACACAAUAUAUAAUACAAAAUAAAAUAGUCCAAACUUAGAAA